UCUUGAUGAUAAGGCGCGUUCAUUGAGAGCGCGGCGACCGACUUUUAAACUUUUUGAAAGUAAAAGUUCCGUCGUCACGUCGUCUGCUACUGUUUCGUCAUUUUUUAACAACAACAUUAUGUUUUUAAAACUUUUCACGACUUUGUUGCACGAAACGUAACAACACGGUAUUAUCGUUCAUCGUUGUCGAUGAGCCCGCAGUAGUAAUUAACGACACGUACUUAGGCAUGUGGCUCAUACCAACGAUUAAUGUAUUUUGGUCGUUUUUCUUUGUAGCCAUCAAACGGACAAAUACCGCAAUCACCACAGUAACGACCAGUGAUAUUGUUAAAAAAACAAAUGAGAUAGAAUGGCAUACUAUUACUAUUACCAAACACCACCCGAUCCACUAUCACCUAUACCAACCACAGAAGAAUUAUCACCAUCACAGCCUCCUUUAUUAAUGCUAUCAUCUCCACCGCAACAACACCAAUUAAAUCUACCACUUCUCACACCAGUUAUUCCAUCGGUAACAACAUCAAUGUCAAUGAUGACGACAACUACUACUACUUCCACAGAGCAGCAUAAUGAACAGCAACAGCUACCCACACCAAAUACAUUCAUUAGGCAUUGCGAUGACAUGGGUUUAUUUCACGAUUUACAAAACAUUGUAGUAAUGUCUUCAUUAACUGGACCAACAGGUGAAACAACUAUUAGUACAGCCUCCGAAUCUACUGCUGCUAAGGUAGUCACUACAGCAACAUCAACAAGACAACCUACUUCUCCAAGUUUAUUUGACUCAUCAUCAACAGCAAUUGUAACAACCAUGAUGAUGGCCAAUCCGUUUGAUGAAACAUUUAAACAAGCAGUGUUACAACAACAAAAGAAUGAAGCUAAUCCAUCAGAACAUCUUUUUAAUCACAAUAAUAACAAUGAUGGUGAUUUAAACACCCCAUUUAUACCAACAACUACUGUUGUUAACACAACCAAUAACAGUACUAAUGUCAAAACUUCAACUUCAAUAGAUAUGAUUUCUACAACAACAGCAGCAGUUGAAUCUAAUAAAAUAAAUACAUCUACUAUACCUCAAUCUCAAGCAGAACCUCAGCAAAAUAUAUACAUCACAUCAACAGCAGAAGCACCAACUAGAAGUGUCUUAGUUAUGAUGGUAGAGCAACCACAACAACAAUCGCAUAACUCAACUCUCACUAUACAACCAGAACAUCAACAACUCCAACAAAUAAUCGAUCAGCAUAAAUUUAUUGUUCCAACAACUACAGCCACAACUAAUAUUAUUGACACAACAACAAUAACACACCAUGAUCAAGAUUUGUAUGAUGAAGCAGUUGAAGUUGAAAAUAGUCAUGUAGUUAUCAAUGUUGGUAACGAUUCAAACACAAUUAAACAAGCUUUAAAACAGAAUUUAUUAGUAAAGCAACUUUUACAAAGGCGUCAGAAGCCUCCACUCAUUACUGAAAGCCGUGACAAGCUUGAUCAACUACUGCAACAGCAAAAUAAUGACAUUGAUAUUGUCACAAAUAUUGAUAGACUAGAACAUGAAAACUAUAAUAGUAAUGGUCAGGAAGAUGAAGACAGCAAUAAUCAAAAGCAGCAGCAGCUAAAACAGAAACGAAAACAAGAAAUGUUAGAAAGGAACAGGUCAGCUGCUAAACGAUGUAGAAUAAAACGAAAACAGAGGUGGGAACUACUUUCUGAAGAAAAUCGCAAGCUGAAAAUUGAAAAUGGCCGAUUGCGUGAAGCUCUUUCAAAACUUAUUAGUCAUAGAUGUAAUAACUUACAACAACACCAAACAGAACAGCCAGCAAUAAUACAAGGAAUAUUCAAACACAAUGAUGAUGUUUAAAACCAUGAUAUUGUUGUUGCACUUAUAUUGAUGCUUAAAAAAGUAAUAUUUCUUUUAUAUAAUAUUAUUAGAGAUUAAAGUUGAUGAAAGUUGAAGUAUGAGUUACAUAUUUUUCUAUAUGCUCUCGGUUUAUGAUAGACGUUACUGGAAACCCAUUCUAUACAACAAAGAAAUUAUUAAUGAACCGUUAAAAUACGUAAUUUGUCAAUUUUUAAAAAUACAAUUUAAUUUUAAUUUUUAUGCAUAUUACACAGUUUCUUUUAUUGCCUAACGUGUUUUUGUUCUGAAUUAUUACAUAGGUAUAUUUUUUAGAAAAUUUGAGCUUAGUAAAAAGUUCAUAUUUUUCCACUAUAAUAAAACAUUUUGAUAAUAUGUAUUAUAUUUUAGUUGUUUUUAAUAAAAAGACAUGUUAUACACUGUUUUUAUACUUCUGCCCUCUAGAGAAUACAUCCAUUUAGCGUUUGUAAACUAAUAGCAACCAAUGUUUAACUUAAUAAAUAUGUGAAAUUGAUUAGAGGUGUGAGUUUGGACAAAUUUUGGUAGCCACCUGCCCAAAUGCAUUCUCUUGUGGGCCAGAGUAUAGAAGUGUACUACUUCUUUGUUAUAUUAUGUACCUAAUAGUUAAAAAGUUAUAAUUUUCUUUAUAUUUUUGAUUCUUAUGUACACAAUUUUGUAUGCUUAUUUUACUUCUAUAUUUUUUGAGCUUUAAUUUUUACUUAUCAAAAAGCUGAUGGUUUACUCAAAUCUGAUUUAAUAUAUAAUAUAUUAAUAUAUUUUUUAAUUAUAUAUAAACUUGUAAUACAUUUCAGGGCUGCAUAUUGUCAAAUAUUCAUGGUAAUCAGUUAACUUAACUAUAACUAUAAGUAAAUAGUAUAAUGUUUUGUUGUUAUGUACCAAUUAUGUUAUAUUUCUAAAAAAAUUUAUUUAAGUUAAUUUAAUUUAUUGUUAUAUUUUAUAUCUAUAUAUUUAUAAAUUUAAUAAUUAAGGUAAUUUGUUUUAUUUUUUUAAAAUACUUUUUUUUUUUUUUAUCAAGGUUAUAGUUUUUUCAUAGUUAAACCAUUUUAUCAUACUUUAAUGGUCAAUUUUUAAUUUUUUACAACUGUAUGAUUACAUGACUAUAAUGUCUGAUAUUAAUUUGUAUUAACUCAUUAUGAUUUUUCAUUAGAAGUUACCUAUAUUGUAAUUUGGAUCGUUUUAAUCAUAAUUAUUGACACAAAUAAUUCUUGUAUUUUGUUAUUUUUAUUUAUUAAUGACAUUGAUAUAAAUCAACAUCUACUAAAUACUAAUAAUAAACAAUCAUUUUUAAAUUAAAUAAUUUAGAAUCUUUCAAAAUAGAACUAAUAAAAAAAUAAUAUAAUUUAAUUGCUGUUUACAAAAUGUAAAUUUUAGUACAAUAGUAUCAAUAAAAAUUUAAAAGUAUAAAUUGAAAUAUGCACGUAAAUAAUAAGAACAUAAGCAUUUCAUAUCCAAAAUAUACAAUAUAUUAAAAGUAUUUAUUUUUUUAAUUAAUUUAUAGGUACUAUAUAGGUUGUACUUUUAUAUUUAAUUUUAUGAAAUUGCUAUUUUUAUUAGGCAAUUUAAAUUAAAUUUAAAAUUAAUGUAAUAAUAUACUAAAUUAUAAUACUUAAAUCAAAUGCAUUUAAUAAUAAACUGCCAUAAUUGAAUUGUAUAACAUCUCAACCAUAAAUUGUUAAUAAUUAACUUUUAUUUUAUAAGCUGUUUGUUAGAUUUAUAGUUUUUGUAAAUAACAUUUGAUUUAUGUUUCUUAUUACAACUAUUUAUUCUAUUUUUGUAUUCAAUUGUGAUCCCUCUGUACACAGCAUUUGGAUCGAGUUACAUUAAUCAAGAUUUUUACUUUAUAAUUUAUUUAAGUUUUAUUUUUUAUGUGCCGAUAUUAAUUAAUUUAUAUUUUAUUAACCAACAAUUGUUUUUUAAUUAAAUAUUUUAUUUUUGUUAAGUUUGUUGGUAAGUUAGUUAUGCAUAAGCACUAUUUAUGUUAUUUUUUCAAAAAAAUAUAAACAUUUAAAAAUAAAAUGUGUUCAGCACUCAAAUAA